CAAAAUUGCCAUUUGAUUAGUAAACUUUCCCAAUUAAGAUUAACUCGAAUUUCUGUUGCAGCUGUGCCCGCGCAGUUCGAUUACCUUCCAUCCCGUUUCAGGAUCCUCCUGCAAUAGUCGCUGCCUUCGGAUUAAGGGUUAAAUACGAAGUUGAACUGAAAUUGUAAUUCAAAGUUGAAGAAUUUUGCAUAUUUCAGCCUGUUACAUCCUUAUUACCUGAAUCAAAGUUUAGUCAUGUGUGACUGUGUUCAGUCAGCAGCAAAUCAAUAUAUCGGCACUCGGUUUAGAAAAUUAGGUCAGGGCCAAUGUAGUUGGAACAACAAGCCAAUACUUUUGGCAUCAGAAAUAUUAACUGGGUAUAAAGUUUGUUCUGUUAUGAAAAGUUUAUCCAACCGCAAAUUUAGAAGGAUUUUUAGGCAUGAUAAGCUUAUUAUGGAUCAGAGACUUGUGACAAAUUUGGGUGUGUUCGGCUCAAAUGCAUUUGAUUUGAGUUCUGAGUUGAGGUUGAAAGAGGGAGGGGAUGACCAUUUUGAAUUGGGUUUGCAAAAUGGUGAAGAGAAGCUCGAAGACUUAGAGCUAGGUUUAAUCAGUGAAAAAGAAGCUUUUGGCUAUGCGAGUGAUAGCUUAAAUAGCGAGAAAAAUGAAAAUGGUAAGUUUGGGCGUUUGAAUUCCGAGAAUGGCUUACAGGCGGGAGGUGAAGGAAGAGUUUCAAAAGCUGAAGAUUUUAUGUCUAUUGAAGGUGAUGGGGAGAAUGAGGAUUUGGAGUUCGGUGAUGACCAAGUUGAGGAGACUCUACAGUCCAAGCCAAAGCCAAAAUAUAAGCCAAAGAGGAAGCUGGAAUCUCGGAGUAGAAAACAGUUAAUGAGGAGAUCAAGCAUUCUUGCAAAGCAAGUGAUCGGGAUUAUGUCGGCUUGCAGCUUGGGAUUUGUCUCGCAGCUGUGGGUUGACACUGCAACUUGGGCAGUACUGGAGGUAGAAGUCAGGCCAAACUUGCUUUCUUCUGAGUCGUUAAAGUUUCUUAUUGGAGAUAUUAAUAAGGUUGGUGAUGUGGUCCUUGUACAGGAGGAGAACUGUAUACAGAAUGAAUUUAAAACAAUUGGACUGGAAACCUUGGUAGGGUAUAAUGUUGUAACACCUGGACAAAGAAAUUUGGGAAAGGUCCGUGGCUACACUUUCGACAUCAACUCUGGCAUUGUGGAGUCUCUUGAACUCGAUGCAUUUGGAUAUUCGCUUAUUCCUUCAAGUUUGGUAAGUACGUAUGCCUUGUUCACUGAAGAUAUACUAGAAGUAGUCUCCGAUGUCAUCAUAGUACAUGAAGCAGCAGCCUCACGUAUUCAAAGGCUAACCAAGGGUUUUUUGGGCACAAAGAACAGUCUCAAGAACCGCGACAUGGAAUUAGAAACCACCCAACCUAUUAAAGAAAGCAAAUCGAGAAAGAAAUCUAGUAAGCGGAAAUUCUACCCAACAAGUAAAGAUCUGGACAACGACUUUGAGCUCCCUAUGGAUUACAUGUAGAAAAUGUUAAUAGCGAUAUAUUUCCUCCCUUUUUAAUUAUUUUUACAUUCCUCCUGUUCUUCCCUGUGUUUGUAAAAUAAAACAUAGCUUCAUGUAAUAAAUCUGUUAUAUCUACCAGUAAAGAUCACUCAUGGUCCUCAUGGAAAGCUGUUUUAACCA